AUGCCUUUGAAGCAUCUCGACUCCCUCAAUCGGGAUGGUUUCGUACUCGUUCCCUCCAUCCUCACACCGGAACAACUCUCCACACUACGCAAUGCCAGCGCCGAAGUCAUUGAUUUUGCCCGGUCCGGCCAAUGGCCCUUCGUCCGCACACUUCCUAAACAGUUUCCUCCCUGGAACAUAGAACCUGGAGCGAAUCCAGCUGCAGGCGGAAUUUGGGGUGUUCAGUUCCUUAUGCAUCCUGACCUUCCCAACUCCAAGAAGUUCAUCUCAAAUUACUUUUCUGAACCGAUCGUCUCUGUGGUCAGAGAAUUGUUGGAGUGUGAGGACGAUGAUCUGGUUAUGGAACUGUUCAAUCUUCUGAUUCGACCAGAUAGAGACUUUGAGCUGAGAUGGCACAGAGACGAUAUACCAGCCACAGCGACCGCUGAAGAGGAACUUGAGCGUCUAAGACAGCCUGCCUGGUCAGCCCAGUGGAAUCUUGCCUUGUAUGAAGAUGACAGUCUCAUCGUCGUGCCUGCAAGUCAUAAACGAGCGAGAACCCAAGUAGAAAGAGAUGCAGACCCAUUCGAGAAGGGCAUCCCUGGAGAAAUCAGAGUGCAGAUGAAGCCAGGAGAUGUUGUGUUUUACAACAACAAUAUCUUACAUCGGGGAGCGUAUGUCAGCAGUAAGGAACGCAUGACACUUCAUGGAAGUAUUGGACACAGAGGUGGAAGUCGGUUGAGGGCGAGGAACGUGUUGCAGCAUGGUAUUGGGGAGUGGGUUCAAGACAUCGAUCUGAGCGGGCUUGAGGGAGCUGAGAAGGAGAGAGCGGUGGCGAUGAGAAAGUUGUUGACGAAGCUGGGAGCUGAGAACACCGAUGUAGGCUACUCAUUACAAGAGUGA